AUGAANUUCUAUAAAAAAGAAAUCGAUAAAUUUUCUCAAGCAUCUAGGCUAUUGGAACAGCAAUUACAACAGAAGAGAAAGACAAUGGCAACUAAUCUAUAAUAAAAAUAAAAUGAUCCUAAACCAAAACCUAUUGAUGAUUUGUAAGAGUAAUUGAUGCAAAAUCAAUAUGAUAUAGAAAAUUAAAUAAUAAGAGAAAAAAAUGAAGAACUUCAAAGGAUAGAAUUAAAGUAUUCAUUUAAUUAGAAACAUAGAGUCUAAAUUGUCAAUAAUAUAUUACAAGAUCUGGCAUUUCAAGUCGAUUUAGCAAAUAAACCUCUUGAUCUAGUUGCUGAAAAUCAAGUGACAGCAAUAAAUAAUAUAGGUGCGGCAAAGAGGGAAUUAGUCAAAGCUGAAGACUCUUAAAAGUCAGCAAAUAAGAAAUGGAUAAUAAUAGCAACUUUGAUUGCUAUUCUUGUAGGAGUUUUGAUUAUAAUUUUAAUUUUAAAUUGGAAUUGA